GAUCUCGUUUCUAUAUGUAGUUACCCUGUACCUACUUAUUCAGAACCCACACUCGUUUCCCCAGCGCCGCACGCCGACAUCAUCAACUCUUGGAGAGGGAGGGGAUCGUCAUCCGAGCCAUCGAUCCAGAGGACCAGCAUUCUCCAACAACCCAUCUCGACUUCGUCUAACUCGUUGUUCUUCGAACCCAAAACGACCAUUUCCUACAAUGGGGUUGGUCGAGCGGCACAAGCUUCGCGCACUGGGCGCCCGUCUUACACGAUGGCAGAAGCUCGCCAUUGGCUUCGUUGUAUCUUUUUUCGUCAUCUAUACCACGGCGCCCUAUGACGGUGCUUUCAGAGCCUUCUUUCGUUUUCAACAUAGCGUAGCCAAAGACUACUACCAGAGUCAACACCCGAACGACGCGUGGCUGUACAGGAAACAACGCUACCCUAUCGACCCUGACAACGAUAUUGGUGUCAUCAUCAAAACAGGAUACGGCACCAAGCAUCGUAUGCCCCUCUCAUUGCGGGCCUUGAGUAACGAGUCGUUCUUCCCCGAUAUUGUCGUUGUCCAGGACUUUCCCGUUAUACCAGAGCAAAAGCGUUAUAACCUGACAAAUGGAAAGGGGGUAGAGGUCAUCGAUAUUCUGGGCUGGAAUUUGGAUAGAGGCGCUCUCAAGGGAAGAGAACACUUGGAGCGCGUCUAUAAGUACAGAAACCUUCGCGAUGCUGUCGAGGCUGAGGAAUGGGUCCUAUCUGAAGGCCUAGGCAGGGCUAUCGGAUGGGAGCUCGACGCCAUGAAGUUCCUACCUGCACUGGAGUAUGCCUGGCAUACGCUACCCAAGAAGAAGUGGUAUGUCAUGUUGGAUGACGAUACCUAUGUUAUCAAGAGUUCCCUGAGUCUACUCUUGGGUCACCUGAAUUUUGGCCAGCCCCACUACAUAGGGAACCCCGUAGGAGACUACAAGGGCCGAUUCCCUCAUGGUGGCUCUUCCGUCAUUCUAUCUGGAGCCACGAUGCGAAACCUCUUCGAAUGGCAUCCCGAGAUCGUGGCGAAAGCCCAUCUGGAGUCCCCAUUCGCUGUUUGGGGUGACAAAUUGCUUUCGACUACAUUGAUGAAGAUCGCCAUAUACCUCGAUGAGACGUACCGACGUUUCUUCAACGGAGAACACCCUUGGAUGACGCGAAUGUGGGUGGACCGGUUAUGCCUACCCAUCAUGGGCUUCCACGGCCUGGGAGAUAGAGAUGCCAUGGAGCAAGUCGGGGAAGUCUUCAGAGGCCAGAAGGGCCCGGUAACAUGGGGCUCCCUCUCUAGGAUAUACGGAGUGCCGGACUACCAAUCAUUCAUUGGCGUACCGGUCCGGCAGAACAUAAAUUACGUUGGACGACUCGACGAUGGGAGCACGACAGUUGAAGGCGUGAUCAGGGUUGAAGACUGCCUCGCAAUCUGUGAGCGACAGUCGACCAAGUGCCUGGCGUGGACCUACGAUCCGGCCAUCAAACGAUGCGACUAUGCCCCAUGGGCCAUCCUUGGUGACAUCGCCGACGGGCGGUUCUCGGGAAUCAACGGCAAGAUGGGUCAGGGUCUGGUUAGUAGAUGCCAUACGCCCCGGCCCCCACCCGCGCCCUCUUCGUCUUGAGGCCACAGAAGCGCACCUAGUGCCGCUUUUAUUGUAUUCGGAUUUUGUUUAGAUAUAUGUAUAUAGACUUUUUUGUUGUACGGGCAUAUGUUUUUGUGUGGGGUUAUCGGUGCAUAGGGUCAGCAGCUUUCAAAAUAGGCAGGGCACCCGGUCAAAUGAUGAUCGGAGACCGUGGCGAAAACGUGGGAAAGGUUUUGACGACUUGAAACGAUACCCGGGGAAGGAGUUGCCUUUUGGUCCUGUAAUGGUAAUAGACAGCAACGCACCGACUCGGAUAGUGUGUAAUCCUAAUAACGGACGGCACAGAAUUGAAUGACUACCUAC